GCAACUUUAUGGAGUACGCUAACUGCCAUUUUGAAAAACAACAUUCAUAACUUACAGUUAUGUUCUAGAAACAAUCUUAUUAAACAAGCAAUUUAUCGAUUAAGAGACGCAAACCGUCAUGUCGAAGAUGCAAUACUGGAACUUAUUGUAGUGCUAGCACGCCAUAGUAUCAGUGUCAAAGAACUGAAAUCAUUGAUGGCUGCAUUGAAGGGAGAAAACAGUACUUGGCCUAAAUAUUCUGUAAAGUUGUUAGCUGCGAUGCGUCAAAUCAUUAAUCGCGAUCAGACAGAUGCUAGUGUCUUUUUUAAUUUUUCAGGAAGACGAGGCGGGACUAUUGCUUUACCACCAAUUCGGAAAUGGCCAACACAAACAGGAUUUUCGAUAGUAACAUGGUUUCGUCUCGAUCCGCUAGUCAAUAGUGGGUCUACCAAAGAUUUAUCUCCUUAUUUAUAUUGCUUUCAAAAUGGCAAGGGUAUAGGCUACAGUGCCUAUUUUGUAGAGUCAAAUCUUAUGAUAGAAACGAUUACGAAACCAAAGAGGAAAGGCUACAGUCAUGUUGUUAAUCAUAAGUUCCGUUCAAGAAAAUGGUAUAUGGUUGGAAUUGUGUAUAUAUAUAACCGAUUUAGACGCAGUGAACUGCAUUGUUACGUUAAUGGUCAAGAAGUUUCACACGAUGAUGUAUCCAUAGUUUCUUGCGAUGAGCCAUUUCAUAAGUGUUUCAUCGGAUCUUGUCCGCAAGCCUUGCCUUCUACCGUAUUUUCUGGCCAAAUGGGGUCAUUCUAUACAUUUAUCGAGGCGUUGUCAAAUGAUACAAUGGCAGCGAUAUAUUACUUGGGCCCAGAUUAUAGGUGUCAGUUCAAGCAUGGAUUUGAGACUGAUGUACCACUCUCCGCAUCUCAGGAAAAGCUCCUUUACGAUGGACGUUUAUCUACUGCAAUUAUGUUUACUUACAACCCCAAGGCGUGUGAUCAGAAGUUAUGCCUUGAAUCGUCUCCAACUGAUAAUGCAACAUAUUUUGUACAUUCCCCACAUGCGAUAAUGCUCGAGGGUGUAUAUCCAGUUAUUACAAAUUCUUUCCAAAGCGCCCUUAGAUCAUUAGGUGGUAUUCAGAUUAUCUUUCCCUUAUUCGAUCAACUCGAUUAUAAUGUGUAUAACGCGUCAAAAGAAAAUGAUAAUAACGAUAGCGUUCCUAGUGACGAUAUCGGUUCGAUGCUGUUGUCCCUCUUGUGUGACUUACUACGCGGAUCAACUACUUGUCAGCAGCAAAUUGUGCAAGGCAAUGGAUUUCUUGUUUUAAGUCGUUUAAUAGAAAAGGUCUCACCAGCCAGCUUAGAAGAUAGUACCUUAGAUACGCUAUUGAUGUUAGGAAAAUAUUUAUUUAGUUCACCUGGUAAAGCUAAUUUAUUGAACCAAUGGAUUGACCAUAUAUUGUUAAAGGCUUCAUUAUGGAUCCAUACCAGUGCUAAAGUUCAAGUGAAAUUAUUUAGUAUGUUGGCCACUGAAUUCGUUGCAAUGCCGGAGCAAUUAUCACUUCAUAUGAUCGAUUUCAAGAGAAUUAUUGGUGUACCUAGAUUAAUGCAUAUUUUAAAAUUCUAUUAUUGGUGUAAAACAACUGAAAGUUUUAACGCCAAGGAAUUAUCAGGUCAAAUUAACUGA